UGAAGAUCGAGAUCUCGGAAUGUUACUGAAUUGGGAGAUGCGCUUUGAUAUCAUUUUAGGAGUUGCUAGAGGUCUUCUUUAUCUCCACCAAGAUUCUAGACUCAGGAUUAUUCAUCGUGAUAUGAAAACGAGCAACAUUUUAUUAGAUGCGGAAAUGAAUCCCAAAAUUUCUGACUUUGGAUUGGCAAGGAUGUUCGAAGGCAAACAAACCGAAGGGAGCACAAACAGAGUUGUUGGAACUUAUGGCUACAUGUCGCCAGAGUACGCAUUAGAUGGCUUGUUCUCUGUCAAAUCUGAUGUUUUUAGUUUCGGCGUGGUUGUACUUGAGAUUCUUAGUGGGAAAAGGAACACAGGAUAUUUUAAUUCUGAUGAAGCCCAAAGCCUUCUAGCUUAUGCUUGGAGAUUAUGGAGAGAAGACAAGGCAUUGGAUUUAAUGGACGAGACAUUACGUGAGAUUUGCAACACCAAUGAGUUUCUGAGGUGUGUAAAUGCUGCACUCUUAUGCGUACAAGAUGAUCCAUCCGACCGUCCGACCAUGUCAAAUGUUGUUGUGAUGCUUAGCAGUGAAAGUGCAAACUUGCCGGUUCCUAAGAACCCAGCCUUUUUUAUACGAAGAGGACUUUCUGGCACAGAUUUUGCUUCAAGGGAACAAGAGAGAGGCCUUUCUGGCACAGCUUCAUCUUCAAGUAAACAAGAAAGAAGCAUCGAUACAGCGAUUGCUUCAGACGAAGGCAGAUAAUUUCCUGUCAAUUUGCAUAAAAUCUUGGAAAGUUUCUCAAUCUUGAAAUGGAAAGGUUUCUUCUUUUUUUUUCCUGGUAAAAUUUUAUGUUUUUCUAUGACAGAAUUCGUGUCUAAUUAGUCCUUCUGUUCUGAAAUUGUAAUCAAAACCCAUCUCAGAACUUCAUUAUUGUAUCUGUGGAAUUCCCCGUAAACUAUUUUUCUUUCAAGUGGUCUACGUUGUUAUUAUCAAUUCGUUUAAAUUUAGAGUCUUAGCAAACUUUGAAUACUUUCAA